UCGUAUCAGUGUUGCUUUGGAGAAAUAUGCUGCGCUAUAUGUGGUUGAAAGCAGACGGGACUGCGUAACGAGCCCAUCACAACGGUUGUCUCAUCACUCGUGGACCAUGACGUUCGCGGCACUCGUGCUAGCCGUCGUCGUGUUUGCCUCGUUUGCUGGUUGUCACACUUUAGACGUGUUACCAAAUGAGUUGACCAAGGGAACAUAUCAGAGUUACUCGCCAUACAAUGGUACAACACAGUAUUACUUUGAUGAAAUUGAAGAUGUGGACGAAGAUAUGGAUGAAGAAGAUCCAAAAGCUGAAGAUGAUGAUCGUGUUUAUAAAAAUCCUAGAAAGUUGCCGUCAUCUGAAUGUCCUCGGAACGAGGAAUUAGCAUCUUUCAUGGGACAAGAAUGCUUAAGAAAAUGUACGAUGGACGAAGAUUGUAAAAGCAAAAAAAAACAUUGUCUUUGUGAUGGACUUUGUGGAAUGUCAUGUGUAAAACCAGAAAGAGAAUGUGAUGAAUUACCGAAUCCCGAACAUGGCGUAGUGAUAAUGACCGGAAGACUCUUUAGUGACAAGGCUACUUAUAGCUGUGAAAUAGGUUACCAACUAAUAGGUCGUGACCAUAGGACGUGCCAUGCUUCUGGUACGUGGUCAGGCUCGGAUCCGUAUUGUAAACAAAGUGUAUUUUGCAAAUCCCCUCCUGUAAUCGAAAAUGCAAUAAACAAUGCCUUUCCCGAUCAAUUGACUUACGAUGUCGGAGCUGAAGUUGAAUAUCGGUGCGAAAACGGAUUUAUGAUGAGAGGGUUUGCAAAAGCUAAGUGUUUGGCGAUGGAUAUUUCUGCUUCGUGGUAUGGUCCUGAAGUAACAUGCGAACCAAGAACUUGUGGAUCUCCAUCUAUAAUUUCUAAUGGCUGGCAUCAAGGAGACUGCACAGACUUUGGCUGUCGCAUAUACUACAAAUGUGCUGAUGAAUAUGAAUUAAUUGGAAAAUCAGAACGCCUGUGUCAUUCUGAUGGAUAUUGGGUACCAAAAGAACCUCCAUCUUGUGUGCUGGUUACAGCGGUAGACUGCGGUCCACCAGAGAACCCGUUCAACGGGAACGCUAUUUUUACGUCUACAUCAUACAAUUCAGUGGUAUCGUAUGAAUGCAAGUUCGGGAAUUUAUUGUCAGGUGAGCCAACCAGGAGAUGCGGUGCUGACGGCAAAUGGUCUGGUAUCACACCAAGUUGUCAAGAAAUAGAUUGUGGAUCUCCGGGAGAGUUGCAUAACGGUUGGCUAGAGAACACAGAAAGCGGAACUGGUUUAGGGGCGACCAUUAUUUAUCGUUGUCAAGAUGGAAUGCUUCUUGUAGGAAAUGCAUCAACGGUAUGUCUGGCUGAUGGUAAUUGGCGCUAUCCACCCCCAUUAUGUCUCGCGCCAUGUGUGGUCCCAGCCAUUCAGCAAGGUAUUGUUAAUGUAAGUCGUUCAAAUGAUUCCACGGCUAUUCAACAAAAAGCUGGUGCUCCUGUAUUAGCAAAACACGGUGAUAAACUUAUCGUUAAAUGUAUUGAUAAGUAUGAACCAUCUGGUGGUAAUAAUACUUUUGCAACAUGCAACAAUGGAACGUGGACGUACAUACCAAAAUGUGAACCAGCGCAUUGUAAGCAUUUACCACAAAUUCCAAAAAACGGAAUAGUUUUGGCACCAAGAAUGGGUCAUGGUGCCAGAGCAAAAUUCGCAUGCAAAGAUGGCUUCGUAAUGACAGGGGAUCGGUACACAGAAUGCCGAUUCGGAAACUGGUCCGGAAAAACUCCAAUAUGCGAAGAAGUGUAUUGCCCUUUUCCUGGUUAUAUAGAGCACGGUAAAGUUUUAUUGGUAGGAAGUAUGGGUGUAUAUGAUUACAGGCCAUACGUUAAAAAAAUUAAAAAUAAUAAACAAAUUGCUUUUGAAUGUGAUCGAGAAUAUACCAUCGAAACGGGACCAGUUGGAGCUACAUGUAUCGAUGGAAAAUGGAGUCCUGAAGUGUUACCCAAAUGUGUACCAUCCAACCAUCCAAAAUUAAGGCUAAGUAGAUCUAUUCAAAAUGAAACCGAAUGGAAAUCUUAUAUAUUAAAUACAGAUAAAUUAAAUUCAUCUAUGAUAUUUAAAGUCGUUGAGACUUUACAAAAUUUGUGGAUAAGAAGUAAACGUGCUCUAUCAGCUCAAAAUCAGCAAGUUAUGAAAGCAAAACAGACUUCUAAUAAAGAUCAAACAGCAAAGAGUCCUGGAACCGGGAGGUCCAGGAGUAGAGAACCUGGAGAUACAUUAUUUAAAGAAUAUGAUGGUGAAGAGGUUAAUACAACAAUAACAGAAGAAAAAAAUCCACAAAAAACUGUCAAAGGAAAAGGAAAACACGGAAAACGAAAAGUUGGUCCUUGCGAGCCUUUAUCCAACAACACAUUCGCACAUUUUGAAGUUAUAAAAUCUGGAAAGCAUGGGAAUAGUACUCAUUCCCAUGGUACUGUGAUAAAAGUAACUUGUAAUGUUGGUUAUUACACUAAUAUUGUUAAUAACACAGCUAAAUGUUGGAGAACGCGUUGGAAACCCGCAAAACCAGAUUGCAAACUCAAACCUUGCUUGGUGCCUUACACAGCAAAUGGCUAUUAUAGAACUAAUGAACCAACCUUUUUAAACAUAACUGAAAAUACAGAAAUUUCUGAUGGAGAAGUUGUAACUUUAUCAUGUUUUUCGGGAUUUAAUUUAAAAGGCUCUCCUAGAAUUCAGUGCAUUAAAGGAGACUGGGAUGUCGAUACUUCUAUUCCGGAAUGCACGCCUUCUCCAUGUGAGUUACCAUCAAUAAACCACGGCCAAUAUUUAUUGGGAUAUAGAGCUGGAUUAACCAUAGCUAAUGGUUCAUUUGUAACAUUUCAAUGUGAUCCUGAAUUUAUCAAAACAACUUCUGUCUCUAUAGAAUGCGUAUUAGGGAAUUUAGUUCCAAAACUUCCAUCUUGCAAAAGAGAUGGUGGGCUUUUUAUUACUGGUGCCGAUAUACUAAAAAAAAGCGAGCUGGGAACUAUUGAUCUUUUAUCUGGACUUCGAGGAUCAUGUGGUCCUCCAGAAUCUGUUCAGGGAUCGUUAAUAUUUAGGAAUGGAGAAUUAUUAAAAGACGCCGAAAAAAGUUUUCCUGAUGGAACUGAGGUCACUUUUAAUUGUAUUGGAAACAUUAUAGGGGAGAAGGUAACUUGGCGUAUAAGAUGUGAAGAUGGGAAUUGGAUUGGUAGAUCGUUAAAUUGCAUUACAGCAAAACCGAUUGAAGAAACAAACACGACCGGCGAUAACACUACAUGUAUGUUCAGAAAUAGUGAGCCCAACGUCAUAACUUUUAUCGGUGACUCGAUGAUAACUAAUGAGCUAACAGAAUUUAACGCAGGAACAAUUUUGGUGUCAAGAUGUUCGGAUAUUGGUAAGUAUGCAAUGGAAGGGUCUAAUAAACGCGUAUGCAUCAAUGGAGAGUGGUCAGGACAGCGACCGGUUUGUUUCGGGUUAAACCAAGAAAACGAUUAUGCUCUGGAAAAACCACCAACUAUACUAUUUCGUCAUCAGCUCGGUCCUAUUGCCCAAAGUAACGAAGGAAAACUAAUUGUGUAUCCAGGAACUAUAUUACACAUGGAAUGUUUGUGGAUCAAACGGUUUGGUACUCCAUUGUGGAAUGUCAGUCACUCAUUUCGAAAAUAUCCCGAAGGUUGGACGACAGAUCCCGGGCGUGAUCCUAACCUCGAGUACCGUCUAAGUAUUUAUCAUGCAAGCAGAGAUGACUCGGGUGUAUUUUCAUGUAUUACGCCUACUAGACAUACGCAUUCCGUCGAAAUAAUUGUAAAAGCUGUGCAUUGUCCCUCUAUACCAUCGAAACGGAGUCUGACGAUUGGAAGUCAAAAUACAAAACUCAAUACCCGUGUGACGUUUUCCUGUGCUAAAGGGUACAACUUGAUUGGGGCGUCAGAAAUCAAUUGUCUUCCUUCAGGAAACUGGAGUGAUCCCAUCCCAUCGUGUGAGAUAAUCGAAUGCGAUGAAAUCGAAAAACUCAUUGAUCCAAAUCUACGUGUAGCUGUGCUGAGCCAUCAAGUUGGUGGCGAAAUUAUGUUUAGCUGUAUGCAAGGAUUUGGAUUAACUGGACCGACUCAUUCAACUUGUUUACCGACCGGCGAAUGGGAACAACCAUUUCCAACAUGUGCAGCAGUUACAUGUCCUUGGCCAGGAGACCCGCCACAUGGUUAUUUGGCCAUUUCUCAAAACUCCUACAGACCAGGUGAACGCGUGUCCGUCAACUGCGAGCCCUAUUACGUAUUGGACGGUCAACCGAAUCUCGUUUGUCAGGAUAAUGGAAAUUGGUCAGCAUCAUUGCCAGUUUGUGUUCAAGCAUGUCCUUACCCAGGCACAGUGAUACGAGGUCGUAUGUCAAUGGUUAAGUUCUACUAUGCUAUUGACGAUGUGAUCACUUUUAGCUGCGAUGAUAAUUUCAAAAUUAAAGGUGUUCCAAUUUUAAAGUGUUUAAAAUAUGGUAAAUGGUCUAACUCAAUACCUACAUGUGCUCCUAAAAAUGAAACCCAACAGAUAGUUUGAAUUAAUCAAAGUAUAUUAUAAUUUGUUGGAUCUCAGAAUAUUUUUCAAUUUUAAGUUAUAAUACUUUCCUAAGUUUUUGGUGGUCAUUAUUACACUGGAAACUGAACAAUGUUAAAUCUAAUAAUAGUUUGUUAAUUUAUUAAUGAAAAUUGAAGGUUUAAUAUUAGGUAUAUUUAACCAUAAACUAUACAACAUUCCACUAGUAUUUGAUUACUUUUUGUAUUUAUCAAAAGAGCAAUCGAUAAAAUCUACUUAUAAUUUAUUAAAAUUACCAUUUAACUAUAUAUAUUUUCUAAAGUCAUCUGAACAAGCCUGUUUGAUUAAUUUUUAGAUUUAUUAUGCGUAAUUAAUUAUAACUACAUUUUUAAUCAGCUAGAAAUAAAUUACUUAAAAUGAACGCUACUAUGAAAUAAAGAAAUGUUAUUUUUGGAAUACUUAUUAGUGUGAAAAAAAACUAAACGAUUUUAGAGGUAAGAAUGUAUUUGAUUAAAACUAGGUAAGCGUAAAUUGAAAUAUUAUAAAUAUUGUUAUUACUGAUAAAUAUUUUCAAGGCCUUUAGAUGUUUACGAUAAGUAAAAAAUAAGUAUAUUACAUUAAAUUUACUUAUAUGGACAUUUUAAGUACAUAAAAAAAAUAAAACGAUAAAUGGCUAAUGAGCUUACUUUGAAUAUUCUUUGACAAUUCAAUUUUUAGAAGAAAUAGCUCAUCUUUGACAAUUUUCCAGUUUACAUGUAUGAAAUAUACCUAGUAAUGUUUUUGUAUAGUAUUUCUAGUAUUUUAGCUUAUGUAAGUUUUUAAGUAUUCUACUUAGUUUUAAAAAUACAUAUUAUAACCAAGUUAUAAAAAAAUACUGUAUUAUGUUAAAUAGUCGUUGUU